UCCUCUGCCGCUCCGGGCUGCUCGGCCGCCGGCUCCGCUGCGCGCUCCGCUUGGCUCUGCGAGCUCCGGGAGGGACCCGUAGCCAUGGCCGACAUCAAGACGGGCAUCUUCGCCAAGAACGUGCAGAAGCGGCUCAACCGCGCGCAGGAAAAGGUGCUCCAGAAGCUGGGAAAGGCUGAUGAGACUAAAGAUGAGCAGUUUGAAGAGUAUGUCCAGAACUUUAAGCGGCAAGAGGCAGAGGGUACCCGACUUCAGAGAGAACUGCGAGGAUAUUUAGCAGCAAUCAAAGGCAUGCAAGAGGCUUCCAUGAAGCUCACUGAGUCACUACACGAAGUCUACGAGCCAGACUGGUAUGGGCGGGAAGAUGUGAAAAUGGUUGGUGAGAAAUGUGAUGUACUAUGGGAAGACUUUCAUCAAAAACUAGUGGAUGGGUCCUUGCUGACACUGGACACCUACCUGGGCCAGUUUCCUGACAUAAAGAACCGUAUUGCCAAGCGCAGCAGGAAGCUGGUAGACUAUGACAGUGCCCGCCACCACCUGGAAGCCCUGCAGAGUUCCAAAAGGAAGGAUGAGGGUCGGAUCUCUAAGGCAGAAGAGGAAUUUCAGAAAGCACAGAAAGUGUUUGAAGAGUUUAAUGUUGACUUACAAGAGGAGUUACCAUCAUUGUGGUCAAGGAGAGUUGGAUUUUAUGUCAAUACUUUCAAAAACGUGUCCAGCCUUGAGGCCAAGUUUCACAAGGAAAUUGCAGUGCUGUGCCACAAGCUGUAUGAAGUGAUGACGAAGCUGGGGGACGAGCAUGCUGACAAGGCCUUCACCAUUCAAGGAGCGCCCAGUGAUUCAGGUCCUCUCCGCAUUGCGAAAACACCAUCACCACCAGAGGAGCCUUCACCCCUGCCCAGUCCUACAGCCAGCCCUAAUCACACGCUAGCUCCCACAUCUCCUGCUCCAGUGCGGCCCAGGUCACCUUCACAGACAAGGAAAGGACCUCCUGUUCCACCCCUGCCCAAGGUCACCCCGACAAAGGAACUUCAACAGGAAAACAUCAUCAAUUUCUUUGAGGAUAACUUUGUUCCAGAAAUCAGUGUGACCACACCUUCCCAGAAUGAAGUCCUGGAGGUGAAAAAGGAGGAAACCUUGCUGGAUCUGGAUUUUGAUCCUUUCAAGCCUGAGGUGUCUCCUGCUGCUUCUGUUGGAGGGACCCACUCCCCCAUGUCUCAGACAUUGCCCUGGGACUUAUGGACGACAAGCACUGAGUUGGUACAACCGGCUUCUGGUGGUUCAUUUAAUGGAUUCACCCAGCCCCAGGACACUUCACUAUUCACAAUGCAGGCUGAUCUAACUAAGAUGAGUGGCCUGGCUGAAAUUGAACAGGCUCCAUCCACAGAGACCAAAGCUGAGGAGCCUCCUGCCCUCGCUGCAUCACCUGCCCUGGAGCUGGACCUUGGACCUGACACACAGGCAGAGGAGCCAGUGCAAGAGGCAGUGAUGCUCCCUGGAGCAGAGGCUGAUGUGGCAGCAGAAGGAUCCCCAGCGGAGGAGGCUGGGGAAGAGAAGGCGGCCCUCCCUGCUGCGGAGGCGGGGAGUCUAGAGGAGACCAAAAUGGAUGCUAAAGGCCCAGAGGUCUCAGAUGGCGAAAGCCCUCGGACCACAGAGUCUGUAGCUGCCGCAGCUCAGGAGAAGACCAUCCCUUCUGUCAUCAUCGAGCCAGCUUCCAACAAUGAAGGGGAGGGAGAACACGAAGUUACUGUGGGUUCUGAGACAAAGGAGGCCACAGAUGAAGUGGCUUCUGUGGGAAAGACACCAGAGCCCACUGUGGAGCCGAAGCCUCUGGACUCUCAGGCUAUGGCCACUGCGCCAGCAAGUGCUGCUGACUCCUUGGCAUUGGCAGGGGACGCAGCUCAGCAAGUGCCUCCUGGCUUUCUCUACAAGGUGGAAACACUGCAUGACUUUGAGGCUGCAAAUUCUGAUGAACUUACCCUACAAAGGGGUGAUGUGGUGUUGGUAGUGCCCUCAGAUUCAGAAGCUGACCAGGAUGCAGGCUGGCUGGUGGGUGUGAAGGAGUCAGACUGGCUUCAGUUCAGAGACCUGGCCACCUACAAAGGCCUCUUUCCAGAGAACUUCACCCGACGCCUGGAGUAAGGCAGCAAGCAUUGCAGCAUAAGCUGGAUGCCUGGGUUGAAAAACCUUUGUGAAAUCUGGAAUUCAUGUUUGCUGUCACUCUUCAUGAUUUACAGACUGAUGCCAGACAAAACCUGGGGACCCAUGACAGUAUGGCAUGGAUGCAAAACAAUGUAAGAGGGGGUAAAGCAAGUCAGGGGAGAGCCCUUCCUUUGUUCCCGUGUGUCCCCAGUGGGUCUGCUGUGCUUUGUCUAGAGUGUGGCACUGGUACUUGAUCCCCUCCCACCAUUUCUAAAGCAGCCCCAGUCCAGAUUUUACUUCCUCUGCACCAAGUGUAUGGUCUCGAGUGGCCACCCUGCAGAAGAUAUGAUGAACUCUCCUGUAGUGCAAUGUCAUCUCCCCUUGCCCAAGUGUGAGCACGUACUUUCUCUCCCUUUCAAGUUUACUGUGUUUGAAACUAAACUGCUGCAAAUGUUUUCAACAGUCUUCCCUAGCACUCCUCUCUAUACAUGCACAUGUGGACACAUGGUCCUACAAGCUAGUUCCCGUGACCUUGAUCUAUGUGUAUGCGGAACGCUACAUAUGCAUAGCUGCAUCCUUUCCUUUUCACCAUAGCUCUUUGCCUCUCAAGUGUCAUUGAUACAUACAUUUCUCUUAUUCUGUCUGACAUUACAACUGCAGUUUUGCCUCUGGGCAAAACCAGUCAUCCCAUUGCCAAAACCGUUGCCGGUAUCUGUGUGUGUUGUGUGUGGGUUUCAGGCUGACGUAAGAGCAGGCCCAAGCCGCUGCUCCUUUGGAGAGAGCAGGCCCUGAUUUGGCAACUAUCCUGCUACUGUAGCUGAGAGAAGGCUUGUUCUGGACCAGCAGCCUGCUGCCUGCACUUCUGCCUUGAUUUGGUUGGCUAGAAGCUGGGGUCCGAUUAAUCCACGCCUAUUAAAGAACGUGUUUUAAAAGAACUCCUAUAUACUUCUUUCUAUUUAUAUUUAUGCACCUCAUUCACAGGUCAUCCUCAGAUGAACUAGGUGAUGUAUGCUAUAGCCACAAGUCAUCUGUAACAGUUAUGUUUUCAGUGCUGUGUCGUCCCAAAUAAACCUUUGGCAAUCUCCAGCAA